AAAGCACACAUCCAUACAUGUUAUAUAUGUAUACAAUGACCCCUCCUAAAUUAUAACCUCCUUUUCAACUGUAUAAAUCCCACUUCAAUUCCUCAUACAUCUUGUCAUCCUAAUAUAAUAAAAUAAAAUAAAAAUCAACAUAUAUGCAGCGACCACAAUCACAGGCGGCGCUGCAGCGGCAGCGGCAGCGGCAGCGCCACCCAACUCCGGUGAGGUACAUUGCCGGAGCACUACUAACACUCAUAAUUAUCGUCGGCUUGAUUGUCCUUAUCACCUGGCUCAUUGUCCACCCCAAAAAGCUUAAAUACUCCAUCGAACAGGGUUCGAUCAGCGGGUUCAAUUUAACCGACUCGCGCGUGAACGCCAAUUUCCAUUUCGUGCUCCGCGCGGACAAUCCGAACCAUCAUAUAUCGUUGUACUACGAUCGGAUUGAUGUUACAGUGCUGUACGAGGACCAGAAACUGUCGGUCAACAAUGUGCAUCCGUUCUAUCAGCGGCGGCGGAACGUGACGCACGUGGAUUUGAAUUUGGUGGCGAAGGACGCGACGGUGUACGGCGGGGUGGCACGUGACCUGCGGAUGGAGAAGGCCUCCGGCGACGUCGUUUUGGACGUGGCGAUCCGAGCGAAGAUCCGACUUAAGAUCGGAGUUUUUAAGAUCCAUCGGAAGCUGAAGGUGCUGUGCCGCUCCGUGACGACGCCGUUUGAUCCGUCAAAGGCUAAAGGGUUUAAGAGAGUUUGGUGUGAUGCAGAUAUUGAUUGAUUUAUAAUGUUAUAUAAUUGUAUUUUAUUUUAUUUUUUGAUAUUAUUUGUUUUGUGGUUUGAUUUUUUUUAUUUUUUUUUUCUAUUAAUUGUUCAUUGGUGAGGAUUGAUAUUUGUACUUGGUAAUUUGUGUGGAGUGCCAAUAUUGUUUCUAUUCGGAAAGAAAUUACUGUAUCUUUUAUAUAUAAUGUUAAAAGUUACUGUCGAUAAUUUUCAAUUAUGUAUUAGAUAAA